AUGGCUGAUUGUGACCAGAAAGAAAAGGGCCCCCAGGUGGUCCAACUCGCCUUGGAGGAGCAGGGACUGGAGUUCACGUCGGAUGGACAGUAUAUACGCUGGGCCAGCACCAAUCCGAAGCACCCUCGGAAUUGGCAUCCGUUGCGGAAAGCAUAUGAUAUAGGCUUAAUUAUCCUGCUUGAAUUCUAUACAACCACCGUCAAUGCAUCGGGAGCAACUGCGGCAAGAUAUGCACGAUAUGAAUUCAACAUUGACCAGACGCUCGCCAUCUUCCUUUUUGUUUCCACGUACUGCCUGGCGCAAGGCGUGGGAAACGUCAUCUUCCCCCCUUACUCGGAGGCCUUUGGACGAAAGAGGCUCUAUGUGAUCAGCACUGGGCUGUACAGUAUCUUUUGUUUGAUCAUUGGGGUCGUGCCUUCGCUCGGGGCGACCAUCGUUGGCCGCAUUGCGACGGGCUUUCUCUCUGCGAUCCCUACCGUGAUCAUCACCGGCAGCAUUGAGGACAUGUUCAACGCACGGGACCGCAUCUGGCUGGUGUUUGUAUAUAUGGUGAUAGCCAACUCGGCCGUAGCGAUGGGUCCGAUUAUCAGUAUAUAUAUUGUUGCCGAUCUCGGAUGGAGAUGGAUUUUCAACAUCGCGGCUAUCAUCACCGGAGCCCUAACAUUCCUGCUCCUCGGGAUUCGAGAAUCGCGCCCGUCGCUCCUCCUCUCGCGGGAAGUCGAAAAGCUCCGGCAAAUAACGGGGGACAUGUCCCUGCAAGCGCUGAACCCAGACGAAGUCCCGAGCCUGUCCGCCUUCAUGUGCGACGGACUUCUCCGGCCGGCGCGCCUGUUCUUCACAGAGCCCAUUGUCUUCGCCUGCUCCAUGAUGAGCGGCUCGUCCGUGGCCCUGAUCUACCUGUUCACGGAAGCGCUCCCGCCCAUCUACCAGUCGAUGGGCUUCACCCCGCAACAAGCCAGCCUCCCCUUCAUCGCCAUCGGCCUGGGCUUCCUCCCCAGCAUCGUGAUCCGCCUCAUGGACCAGCGCGUCGCAGCCGAGCGACACCGAAAACACCUCCCCUUGCUCCCGGAGAACAAGCUCGCCGGGAUCGCCAUCGGCGCGCCCUUCCUGGCGAUCGGGCUCUGGUGGUUCGCCUGGAUGGUCCCGCCCGCCGUCCACGGCAUCCACUGGUUCGUGACCGUGAUCCCGCUCUUCUUCAUCGGCUUCGCGCUCAAUGAAUUCGGCACCGUGCUCGCCGGGUACAUGGCCGACAGCUACAACAGCUACGCGGCCAGUGCGUUUGCGUCGUUGUCUCUGGCGCGCUCCUUCCUCUCCGCGCUCUUCCCGUUGUUCGCCACGAAGCUGUUCAGUGCCCUUGGUGCCAACGUGGGCAUGUCCGUGGUCGCGGCGGGGGCCGUGGUCUUUUGUCCCAUGCCCUUUGUCUUUCGCUACUACGGCCGCGGACUGCGCGAGAAGAGCCGGUUCGCCAAGUACAGUCUCCAGACAGCCGUGCCAAAUAUCGAAAAGGACCAAGUUACAGUAGAUAAACCAUACCCGCAUUAUGAUGAUGAUCCGGAUGGCGGAUUAAGCGUGGAGGAAAAGGCGAAAAUUGACCGCGCGUUGGUGUGGAAACUCGACCUCAAGUUGAUUCCGUGGUUGAGUUUAUUGUAUUUGAUUUCGUUUUUGGAUCGAACAAAUAUCGGAAAUGCAAAGCUCGCACACCUGCAACACGACCUUCACAUGUCCGACGCACAGUACAACGCCGCGCUGACCAUCUUCUUUGUGUCGUACUCGGUUUUCGAGCCGCUCACGAACGUGCUCCUCAAGCGGUUGCGCCCGAGCGUCUUCAUCCCGGUUAUUAUGACUGUUUGGGGCGUCUGCAUGAUGUGUAUGGGGUUCGUCCAUGACUGGUCAGGUCUCAUGGCGGUCCGGUGGUUCCUCGGCCUCACAGAAGCCGGGCUUUUCCCUGGGGUCGGAUACUUCCUGUCGUGCUGGUACAAGCGCUCCGAGUUCGGCGUGCGCAUGGCCAUUUUCUUCUCCGCCGCUGCGCUGGCUGGUUCCUUUGGUGGCUUGCUGGCGGCCGCCAUCGCGCUGAUGGACGGGAUUGCCGGGAAGGCAGGGUGGGCGUGGAUAUUCAUUCUCGAGGGGCUGGCGACCGUUCUCAUCGGGAUUGCUUCGUUCUGGAUGGUGUAUGAUUUCCCGGACGAGGCGCGGUUUUUGUCCGAUGAUGAUCGCAAGCGAGUCUUGCGCAGGUUGGCGGACGAUCAGCAGGCGAGUGCCGAACACGAGCAGUUCAAGAUGGCUUAUUUCUGGAAUAGUUUGAAGGAUUGGAAGACGUAUACGGGCAUGGUGAUUUACAUGGGUGCCGAUGGCUGUUUGUACGCCUUUUCCCUGUUUGUGCCGACCAUUAUCAGUGAGCUAGUGAGAUACACGGAGAUCCACGCUCAGCUGCUCAGUGUGCCUCCGUACGCCGCUGCAGCUAUAUUAACCGUCACCGUGGGGUUUAUUGCCGACCGCACGCGCCAGCGAGGGAUCUGUAACAUGCUGGUAUCCCUGCUGGGAGUAGCCGGCUUUGCGAUGCUCCUUGGGGCCAGAUCUCCAGGCGCGAGGUACGCGGGGGUAUUCCUCGGGGCGAUGGGCAUCUACCCAGCGAUCUCUAAUACCAUUUCGUGGACGAGUAACAACGUCGAGGGAGUGUACAAACGAGGAGUCACGCUGGGUGUUGUCAUCGGAUGGGGGAACCUGAACGGGAUUGUCGCGUCCAACAUCUAUCGCGGCGCGGAUGCGCCCCGGUUCUACCCCGGCCACGGCACAGUCAUGGCAUACCUGGUGCUCUUCCUGUUUGGUGGGUCUUUGGUGCAGUACAUUCUUUUGCGACGAGAGAAUGCGAAGCGCAGACGCGGAGAGCGGGAUCACUGGGUAGAGGGACUGGAUCAAAGCGAGAUGGAGCUUCUGGGCGACAGGAAGCCAGACUUUAUGUACACGUUGUAA